AUUAACAACUAUAAAAAUUUUUUAUAAAUUAUAAAUAAAACAAUACAUACCGCCAUGAAAAAUAACAACUAACUUUUCGAGAACUUUGGUUAGUCAUGUAAUUAUAUGUACAAUGUGCAUCUUCAUCAACUAUCGACAGUUAAAGAAAUAAUGCAGUGCUGCCACCGCGCAGGCAACUAAACGUUUUAUUGUAAUGGCCGCCGCUUUAAUGUUUAUGUUUACAUACAACCAGCAAGUAAUUUUGAGUAGUAAAAACUAAAACUUAUAAACAAUUUAUUUUAUUUUGGAAACAUGAGUGAUCGACCACCGAUUCCACGAAAGUCGUUCUGCGAACUUUCAGCGAAAUAGAAACGAGAAAAUUUAAGGUUUAUGAACAGUAACCAACCAAAUGAUGUGAGGCUAGAUCGAAAUGAAGCCCGUGAAGAAAUGCCAAUACAGAUUGAACAUUAUUUUCCACACAACAAUGCUUUACCUGAAACAAUGGACGAUGAAGAAUCUGAUUAUGAAGCUGAGGAAAAAAUAGAACAGAUGGAGGACCAAAUAAUCAGAGGAGAUGAAGAAGAGGAACGAGUAGAAGAAGAACCAAUAGAAGAGCAGGAACAGGCAGCAGAAGAGGAACGCGUAGAAGAAGAACUUAUUGAAGAAAAUGAACCAGUAGAAGAAGAAAGAGUAUUGGACGGAGCCAAUGAUAACAAUGAUGACGAUGAUGAUGAUGAUGAUGACGACGAUGAUGAUGAUAACGAUAAUAAUCGCCAUCACAUAGAAGGUGACUACGAUCCGCCAUUAUAUACCAACUCUCCGCUGACAUUAAGUCAAAGUAUGCUGCUAAUAUUAACUAUUUUCCUGAAUCAUAAUAUUUCUCAGUCAUGUUUGUCGGACAUGAUUGCAGUACUUAAUAUGUAUUGCAUCGGAGAGAAUUUACACCGUAAUAGUUUAUACAAAUUUAAAAAGUUCUUUAGGCUAACAAAUAAUCAAGCUCAGACGAUAAUAAAACAUUAUUAUUAUUCUCUAUGUUUGAAUGGUUUAAAUUCGGUUUGAGAUGUAUGUCUUGAUUGCCAAGGAAAAAAAGGAUAUAAAGCAUUAUAUUUUAUUGAGCUUUCGUUUAUUGAGCAAUUGGCAGAAUUAUUUGGGCGACCACAUUUUUAUGAUAAACUGCAAUCACAUUUUCAGAGUAAUAAUUUACAACCAAAUACAAUAAGUGACAUAUAUGAUGGAAAGUUAUAUGAAGACUGGAACACUGAAGACUUUUUGGCAAAUGCAAAUAAUUUAUCUUUCACGUGGUAUACUGAUGGUGUGCCAGUGUUUAAAUCCUCUGGUGUCAGUAUAUGUCCAAUUUACCUAACUAUUAAUGAGUUAACUUACAAAGAGCGCAUGAAUCGAGAGAAUAUGUUACUUGCUGGAUUAGCAUUUGGGAAAAUAAAACCGAGCAUGAACUAUUUUGUGCAUAAACUACAGUCUCAAUUUCAACAGCUCAUCGAUGGUCAUCAAUUUAUGCUGCCAGAUAAUCAAAUCAUCAAUGUAAAAGCAAUUUUAUUGAUGGGGAAUUGUGACAUGGUUGCCAAAUGCCAGAUGUUGAACAUGGUCCAAUUUAAUGGGGAGUUUGGUAGUCACAUUUGUAAAGUACCAGGUGAAUCGUUUCAAUUACCGUCUAGUA